AUGAUUGCCAAGUCUAACACCGAAGAAGAUCACGUGGUAUACUUAUUGAAGUUGUUUGAGCGUUUGAGAAAAUACAAGCUCCGCUUGAACCCAAACAAAUGCACUUUUGGUGUUAGAUCUGGAAAGCUGUUGGGUUUCAUUGUCAGCCAGAAGGGCAUUGAGGUCGAUCCGGACAAAGUUAGAGCUAUCCGUGACAUGCCCGCACCGAGAACUGAGAAACAAGUCAGAGGUUUCCUUGGGCGUUUGAACUACAUCUCCAGGUUUAUAUCUCACAUGACUGCCACAUGUGGGCCAAUCUUCAAGUUGCUUCGGAAAGAUCAGAGCAUUGUAUGGAAUGAUGAUUGCCAGAAAGCUUUUGACAGUAUCAAAGAGUAUUUACUUGAGCCUCCUAUCUUGAUUCCACCAGUGGAGGGUAGACCCCUAAUCAUGUACCUAACUGUUUUGGAAGAGUCUAUGGGUUGUGUCCUUGGACAACAAGAUGAUACUGGAAGGAAAGAACACGCCAUCUAUUAUUUGAGCAAGAAGUUUACUGAUUGUGAAUCCCGCUAUACGUUACUUGAGAAGACCUGUUGCGCUUUGGCUUGGGCAGCAAAACGUCUCCGAAGGAUUGCCCGCUGGCAGAUGUUACUGUCUGAAUAUGACAUAGAGUACCGUGCACAGAAAGCUAUCAAGGGAAGCAUCUUAGCGGACCACUUGGCUCACCAGCCUAUUGAAGAUUAUCAAACAGUUAAAUUUGAUUUCCCCGAUGAAGAUGUCAUGUAUCUGAGGAUGAAAGAUUGUGAAGAGCCAGGCCCUGAGGAGGGACCUGAACCUGGAUCUCGGUGGGGUUUGGUAUUUGAUGGAGCUUCUAAUUCUUUUGGCCAUGGAGUUGGGGCAGUCAUCAUUACUCCCCAUGGUUCUCAUGUUCCAUUUACCGCUAGAAUUUGUUUUGAGUGCACGAACAAUAUAGCAGAGUACGAGGCUUGUAUCAUGGGUCUUGAAGAAGCUAUUGAUUUGAGAAUUAAAAUUCUCGACGUGUAUGGAGAUUCGUCAUUGGUAAUCAAUCAGAUUAAAGGUGAGUGGGAAACUCGUCAUCCGGGGUUGAUCCCAUACAGAGACUAUGCUAGACGUUUGCUACCGUUCUUCAAUAAAGUCACUUUUCAUCAUAUACCUAGGGACGAAAACCAGAUGGCAGAUGCUCUGGCCACCUUGUCUUCCAUGUACAAAGUGAAUGCCCAUAAUGAAGUGCCUCGCAUCACGAUUAGACGCCUCGAUAGGCCUGCCCAUGUCUUCACAAUGGAAACUGAGAUAGAUAACAAACCAUGGUAUCAUGAUAUAAAGUGUUUCCUCAAAAAUCAUGAAUACCCACCUGAGGCAUCAAGUAAAGACAAGAAGACUUUAAGGAGAUUAGCAUUCAAUUUUUUCCUCAAUGGGGAUGUUUUGUACAAAAGGAACUAUGACAUGUUUGUGAAGAGGUGCCACAAAUGUCAAAUUUAUGCCGAUAAGAUACACGUGCCCCCAACUCUGCUCAACGUCAUUUCUUCCCCAUGGCCAUUCUCUAUGUGGGGAAUUGAUAUGAUUGGCAUGAUUCAACCCAAAGCUUCGAAUGGUCAUCGUUUUAUAUUGGUCGCCAUUGAUUACUUCACCAAGUGGGUUGAAGCGGCUUCGUACGCCAAUGUGACCAAACAAGUAGUUGUCAAGUUCAUCAAAAACCAAAUCAUCUGCAGAUAUGGUGUUCCGAAUAAGAUUAUCACUGAUAAUGGCUCUAACUUGAACAACAAUAUGAUGAGGGAACUCUGUGAAAGCUUCAAGAUCGAGCAUCACAACUCUUCUCCAUACAGACCUAAGAUGAAUGGUGCUGUUGAAGCUGCUAACAAAAAUAUUAAGAAGAUCUUGCAAAAAAUGGUGGUUACAUAUAAGGAUUGGCAUGAGAUGCUUCCUUUUGCCUUACAUGGAUACCGUACGUCUGUCCGAACUUCAACAGGGGCAACUCCUUUCUCUUUGGUCUAUGGGAUGGAAGCAGUACUCCCAGUAGAAGUAGAGAUCCCGUCAAUGAGAGUCUUGAUGGAAGCCAAGUUGACUGAGGCUGAAUGGUGUCAAAACAGGUUUGAUCAGCUGAAUCUAAUUGAGGAAAAGAGAUUGACAGCCCUAUGUCAUGGCCAGUUAUAUCAGAAGAGACUAAAAAAGGCAUUUGACAAGAAGGUCAAACCUCGAGAGUUUAGAGAAGGCGAUCUGGUACUCAAGAAGGUCUUGCCCUUUCAACCUGACCCUAGGGGCAAGUGGGCACCAAAUUAUGAAGGUCCAUAUGUUGUUAAGAAGACUUUCUCUGGAGGCGCCAUGAUCCUAGCAACCAUGGAUGGUGAGGAGCUCCCGCGACCUAUGAAUGCUGAUGCAAUUCGAUCACUUGGAAGCGACCAAGGACUCCUCAUCAAAUACGAUUUCGACUAA